CGGCGUCGACCGCGGAGUUCCCCAGUGGUGACAUUUUCGUUUCUCCAUCGUCCCGGGAUACCCUGCGAAACAGCUGCAGUGUUAAUGAGAUUCAUUCAUCUGAUUUGAGAGGGUGAAUUUCGUCUUACAAGCUGACGUAACAAUAUUACAAUGAAAGGAUACAUUUUCUUACGGUUUAUGAAAGUCUCGUUACUGUGCAGUCACCAGGGGGCAUGCAUAGAAUAAUGCACUUUAGGAAAUUCAACAACAUCGGCAUUUCGUCAACAUCGUGAUUUGGAUGCAACCACGGAUUUAGAAUGAUCUUGGAUGUGAAUAUAUGUCCAGCGGAACAGCGAGCUUUCUGAAGAUCUUCAUAUUGCUAUUUUGUUGCAGGAGGGUUCCUGCUGCCCCCGUCUCUCCGGCGUUGUUGUGAAUUGAUCUAACAUGGCGACUGUACCAGUAUAUUGCAUCUGCAGAUUACCUUACGACGUAACCCAGUUUAUGAUCGAAUGUGAUGCUUGUAAGGAUUGGUUCCACGGCAGCUGUGUUGGGGUGGAUGAGGAUGAAGCUCCCGAUAUUGAUAUCUACCACUGUCCGAACUGUGAGAAGACCAACGGCAAGUCUACGUUGAAAAAGAAAAAGAACUGGAACAAGCACGACACAGGGCAAAGCACUGACGUCCGACCUGUUCAGAAUGGCAGUGCUGUGUUUAUUAAGGAGUUACGUAGUCGCACCUUCCCCAGCGCUGAGGAUGUGGUGGUCAAACUUACGGGCAGUCAGUUGACCAUGGACCACCUGGAGGAGGGUGGCUUCAACGAGCCCAUCAUGGUACUAAAGAAAGAUGGCCUGGGGAUAUCCAUGCCUGCCCCCACAUUCUACGUCAGUGAUGUUGAAAACUAUGUCGGCCCAGAUGUCCCUGUGGAUGUGAUCGAUGUCCCCAAACAGACCGACGGCAAAAUGAAGCUUAAGGAGUUUGUUGAUUACUACUAUAGCACAAACCGGAAGAAAGUACUGAAUGUUAUUAACCUGGAAUUUUCAGACACAAGGAUGGAUAGCAUUGUGGAGAGCCCGGCGAUCGUUCGAAAGCUGUCCUGGGUGGAGAACUACUGGCCAGACGACGCUCUGCUUGGGAAGCCCAAAGUCACCAAAUACUGCCUGAUCUGCGUGAAGGACAGCUACACAGACUUCCACAUCGAGAACGGAGGGGCCUCCGUCUGGUACCACGUGCUAAAGGGAGAGAAGAUCUUCUUCCUGAUCAAGCCCACCUCGGCCAACCUCUCCCUUUACGAGCGUUGGCGGUCCUCAUCCAAUCACAGCGAGAUGUUCUUCGCCGACCAGGUGGACAAGUGCUACAAGUGCACGCUCAAGCAGGGUCAAACUCUCUUCAUUCCGUCAGGAUGGAUCAAUGCAAUACUGACUCCUGUGGACUGCCUGGCCUUCUCCGGGCACUUUGUCCACAACCUGAGCGUAGAGAUGCAGAUGAGGGCGUAUGAGGUGGAGAAGAGGCUGAAAGUAGCCAGCCUUACUCCCUUCUCAAACUACGAGACGGCCUGUUGGUACGUGGGACGACACUUCUUGGAGCGAUUCAAAGGUUUACACAAGACAAAUAAGCAGCCAGCUCCCUACUUGGUACACGGUGCCAAAAUCAUCAAUGGAGCCUUCAGGUCGUGGACUAAAAAACAGGCCCUUCUGGAACACGAGGAUGAACUUCCAGAGAACAUGAAGCCAACACAGCUCAUUAAAGACCUUGCCAAAGAGAUUCGGAUUUGUGAGAAUGCAACUAAAGCCAUAAAGUCAGAACCCAGCAGCACCAAGCUUCCAGCCGAGGAACCGCCCUCAGCCCCUCCGGAGCCCGAGGACCCUGUGUCCCCCGCCGACGUCGCCACCCCCGCACGGGAUAAACCAGCCAGGAAGAAAGCCACCAGGCCCCCCAAGCCUCCCAAGAUGCCCAAGGCGCCCAAACCCCCCAAGGUGCCCAAGGUGAAGGAGGCGGCCAAGAAGAAGGGGAAGAAAGCCAAAGAUGGCGGCCCCCCUCCCAAACCUUCCAGCCUGGCAGCACUCGAGUCCCAUGCCAAGGACAUUCUCAGUAAGAUGGACCAGCCCAAGAAAGGCAAGGCUGCAAAGAGCGUAAUGAGUCCGGUGGAGAGAGAACCGAACAAGCAGAACGACGUGGAGAAGUUCGAAAUGCGAGAACACAAGAACAAAACAGAGGCCAAGUGGAAAUACAAGAACAGCAAGCCAGACUCCUUAUUGAAAAUGGAAGAGGAGCACAAAUUUGAAAAGUCGACACUAGGACACAAAGACAGCAAGUUCAGCUUCUCAAUGUCCAAUAAGAGACUGCUGGGCUCAAAGACGCUAAAACCACAGACAAACUCCAGUGUGUUCGGAUCGUUACAAAACCUGAAGGAAGAUAAAAACAAGCCUGUGAGAGACGAGUACGAGUAUGUCUCGGACGAGGGCGAGCUGAAGAUCGAUGAGUUCCCCAUCAGGAGAAAAAAGAAUGCGGUGAAGAGGGAUUUGUCAUUUUUAUCGAACAUCAAAGAACCCAUUCAGCCUUCCAAAAAGCCAAAGCUGCAGCCGUCGGCUCUGAAGAAUGGUGACUCAUCAGACGAAGAGUCGCUUCACAUAGACACCGAAGCCAAGCCAGAGGUCAAAGGGCGUAACUCAAAGGUCAAGAAGAAAGGUGGAAAUGCGGCUGGGAUCCUGGACCUGCUGCAGGCAAGCAAGCAAGUGGGCGGCAUCGACUACAACACAAACAGUCAGCCACCUGCAUCCCCCAGCACACAGGAAGCCAUUCAGGGCAUGUUGUCCAUGGCUAACCUGCCGUCCUCAGUCUCCUGUCUGACACCGUCCUGGAGCAACAGCCAGUCUAAGGGUAACUCGCAGGCCUCGAAGAAGACAAGUGCCAGCGGUGGUGGCGGCGGCGGCAACAACAGCAAGAAGCCAGGCAAGCGGCCACCCAAGAAGACUCGCAAGAGCAGCAGCGUGGACAGCCCCGACAUGUUCGACGACGACCAAGACCACCUGGAAGCGUGCUUCAAGGACUCCGACUACGUCUAUCCUUCUCUGGAAUCUGAGGAGGACAACCCCAUCUUCAAAUCACGAUCGAAGAAGAGGAAAAACUCUGACGACACUCCGUACAGCCCCACAGCUCGGGUCGGCCCGUCUGUUCCCCGUCAGGAGAGGCCUGCUCGUGAGGGGGCGCGGGUGGCAUCCAUAGAGACAGGCCUGGCAGCAGCCGCUGCCAAACUUUCCCAUCAGGAAGAGCAGCAGAAGAACAAGAAGAAGAAGAAGACCAACAGCAGGAAGAAGGCGCCGGCGCCGCUCCCGGUGGUGGAGGAGCCCCUCAAACACUCUCAGGACAGCAGCUCGCCGGAGCCCGCCCUGGACUUGCAGGAGGGCCUCGUGGCCGACCACGAGUACAGCACGGGCACCGGGGCGGGCAAGGCGGUGCCGGGCGGUCCGCAGCCCAUGGCGCCGGGCGUCUUCCUCAGCCAGAGGAGACCCUCCACCUCCUCGUCCUCGCAGAACAACAACAACAGCAGCGCGGCGGCGCCCGCGGCGGGGGCCAAAGGGGAACGAGCCGCGGCUGGAGCGGGAGCAGCCGAUGCCAAGGCCAAGCGGCUAAAGAAAGGAAUGGCCACCGCCAAACAGAGACUGGGAAAGAUCCUAAAGAUCCAUCGGAAUGGGAAACUCCUCCUGUAGCCAGGGACAGCGGUGGCAGGACUGGGAUAUAUCUCCUGAUGUAAUGGACCCAUGGAUUGGCCUUUCCCAACCCAGCCCAACCUACUCCCCCUCUAACCUAUACUCCCUCUCCUAAUUCUCACCCUGACCCCCCCUCUCCAGCACCCCCACCCCACCUGUCAGAGAGAGGACUGGAUGGCCUGACCCAAGGGGGGAGAGAAGCCAACUACAACAUUUUUCGAUUUCUAAGAAGAACAUUAGCUCAAACAAAAAAAAAUUGGCUUUUGCCUCAACAUUAUACUUUAUAACUUUCAGAUAUGGAAAAAGUGUACAGAAUACCUGCUAUUAAUAUUUUUUAAGGAAGAUUUUUUGUCUCAUUUUACUACAGCUGUCAUUUUAUCAGGGGUUGCGCGAGACAUAAGGAACAUUUACAUAUAGCAGUCAUUCCAAGAUAUAGAAAGUAUCCCUUGCAUGUGAUCCGGUUUGCAUGUAUGCAUUUGUUUUGGGUGGGGGUGGGAGGGAAGUGUGUGUUGAGUGUGUGUGUGUAGGGGGGGGGGGGUUGUUGUUGUCACUGGGAAUUCAUUCCUGUUUUGUUGGAUCAGGCUUAUCAUCACUAGAUUGAUAUAUAAACCGGUGAGGAACCUAAAGGCAUUUGAUAGGAGGCAUGUCUCCCUCGCGGUUCUGUACAGCCUAACACGCUAACUUGUACCCUUUACCUUGCCACUGAGGAAGGCAACUGGUGUAAUAUCUGCUUCCUUCAUGGUGGGCCUCUAGGUUUUUGUCAGUUGUGAUUUUUCUUUUUUUUCUUCUUUUUUUUACUUUUCUGCUAAGCACUAUCACUGAUACUAUUUAUUGAUCUAAUAUAAUUGUACAUGUCAUAGGUAUUCUACGGAAAAAAUGAGGCACUUACAGAACAUCUAGGAAGCACAAAAAAUGAAGUCAUGUUUGUUAGUCAUGGUAAAUGUCUUUUUUUGUUUCAGACAACGCAGAAAUAGGCUGAAGAGGAAAACAAUAGCCUGCCACUGUCCAUUUGCAGCUUGUUUUGUUUGACAACACAAAUAUUUAAGUCCACAUGAGUUUUUUUUUACAUUUUUUUUAUUAUUAUUGAACCACAUUUUCAUUCAACUGAAAAGGCGCCGCAUUCAUUUAGUAGUGAACAUAUCUUUGCAUGAUAGGAAAAACUUUUUUUUGUUUUCAGUAAAUUACUGAACUUUACUUUGCUUCAGUUGCGCUGACUCAUAUAUCAAUAUUAGAGGAACUGCUUCUCUUCAUUUAUUUGUUCAAUAUUUGUUGCUUAAGUAGCUACAUGCUAAGACAUUAAAUGUCCAUUAAAAAAAACAUUUGAACAUGAAUGCUAUGUUGUACAAACACAACCAUAAACUGUGGUGGUAAACACAACCAUGAACUGUGCUAUAUAUAGACGUAGAUAUAUAGGCGUAUAGAUCAGGGAGACUCUCUCCUGCAUAUUCUGCUUUUCUCCACCUAAAUUCACAACUGUAUUUGCACAAACUCAGUCCGGUUGAAAGGAUGAAUGACUUCCAAACCCCUAAGACACUAAUUAAAUGGGACCUCCGACUCUGAUGAUAAGCCUUAUCUGUCUGUGUUUGGCUUACAUGGGGAUACUUUCUUAAUCUCUCCUUAGUUGUUUCGCCGGCAGCACCUGUUUCCUUAGACAGAAAUAUGCAUUUGUAUGGCAUCACAGUACAGUAUGUAGAAUGUAGCUUGUACAUAGCUUUUUAAAUGACUACUUUUUGUAUCCUUUUCCUUAAUACUUCAUUAUACAUUUUUACUAGUUUUUGCUAAUUAUAAACAAAAAGGUAUAUAAAAAGAUACAUCAAUAGUCCUUACUUUUGAAUUAUGUUAGAGACCCAAAUAGUUGGCUUCAUUUUUGUUAAUCCCAUUACUCUGUUUUUAUUUUGUUUUGUUUUGUUUUCAUUUUGUUUGUGUGUGUGUGUGUGUGUGUUAUUAGACUAAGGUGUUGCCUGGUGAUCAAAGGAAACUGCAUUACAUUUAUUAUCAUAUGGCCUUACAUACACAAAGCUCAAUGUGUUGUGAUUCAGUUCCAUGAGAUGAAACCUCUGAGGGAAAAAAGAAGAAAAAAAACAACGACAAAAAUGUUAAAAAAAAUCACGUUUCAACGACCAGCCUCUUGUUUGCGUUUUAGUGCCCCUGAUGGGAUUCAAAGUUAUUUUACUAGCACCUUGUGAAGUGUUUCUCUGUGUCAGUGAUGUAAUUUAUUAAUGUUUGUAGCCUUUUAUACUUGUACAAUUCUGAAGACUUUUUGUUUGUUUGUUUAAAAUACUUUAUCAGCCUGUGAACCAUCUCCCCUUGCAAACUUGUGUCAUUGACAAGCCUCUUGGCUUUAUUACAUUUUCAGGCAAUAGAACUUUUUUUUAAAAGUCAUUUUUUCUGAAUCAUCAACAUUUUGUCAGCUGCAUAAGGUCAUGAAAGUUAAAAUGUUACAUUAUUAUUAUUAUUAUUAUUAUUAAUAAUAAUAUUCAUAUUAUUAUUAAUAAUAACAAUAAUACCACCACCAUCAUCAUGCAGCUAUUUGAAAUAACGGUUUAAUUAUGCCAUGGAUUUUUAUAUUAUAUAUAUAUAUAAUAGAUUAUGUACAUUUUUAACAAGGUUUACUGUGCUAAUCAAUUGCAGUGUUUUAGUUACCUAUGUAAAUCUUGUAUUCACCUCUAUGAAUUGAAACACACAUCGAUCAACUUUGUCAAUGGAACUAUUUCAGGUUUUUAUUUGUACAAAAUGUGUGUUGCUUUGUCGUGGUUUAUUUUUAUAUGUUCAACAUAUUAAAUGCAUCCACUGUGCCAGGGCAGUGAAUGAUACAGGUA